AAUAACAAGCAUGAGGUUAAGUAAUAUUAAUCCAAUGUGAUCAUAGAUAUGAAAAAGAAUCUUCCUAUAUGUCUUUCAGGCAUAAACAUUAUUCAUUUGUUCGUUAAGUGUCUCCUGUUAAUGACAAUGACUACAGAUGGAAAAAAAAUCAUGUCGAUUAAAUCUAAUUCAUUAGAGAUUGCUAAUCUACAGGAUACUCAAACACCCAUUGGUGUACGUCUUUCUGGAACUUAUAUGCGGAGUUUUGCUUAUGUUACGCUUAAGGAUAGAUUACCUAUAAUAUUAACAAAAAUAAUAGACAGCUUUAGUCGUAAUAAAGAACAAAUCGAACUAAAAUAUGGACAGGAAGCUAUUCAAGAGCUUAAAGAAAUAGUUGGAUUUAUAAGUCAAUUGAAGAAUGAGAUUGUUACUAAUAAACCUUUGAAAAUAUUACCAACGAUAGAGAACGAUGAUGACAAUGACGUGCAUCUCUGGAACAAGUAUCUGGAAGAUAAAACUAAAAAAGAAGGAACCGCACCAACUUGGUUUAAUACAGAAUGGUUGUACUGCGAAUGCUACAUGUAUCGUACUCUCAAACAAAAAUUUCUUCUCAUGAAUGCAUUGCGUAUGUAUGAUCCGUUUGAAGAACAGAAAAGGAAUGCUUUCAUUAAUUCCUUGAUUACUAUAAAACUUUUAAGCAAGUACUUGUUAAAUAUCGUGGACAAAUCUAGAUUAAUAGAAGAGGCAGAAAAGAAACAAGAAUUCAUUAAAUUCGUUCAAUUAAAUCUAUGGGGGAACAGAUGCGAUUUAUCUCUAAGCGCAGGAUCUGAUAUUAGUCAAACAAGUAAUCCCGUAGACCAAUUACCAGCUCUUUACAAUGAUGUACUUGUUGAUGCAACUGAUUUUGCUUGGCAACUUCUUAAUAAACAAAAAGCGAACGAUUCUAAUAUCGUAGACAUGGUAUUAGAUAACGCAGGAUAUGAACUUUUCACUGAUAUAUGCUUAGCAAUCUUCCUAGUUCAAUUUGGAUUAGCUGGAAAAGUUCGCUUUUAUGUCAAACGUUAUCCUUGGUACGUAAGCGAUACCACUACCCCUGAUUUUCAUUGGACAUUGGACUAUAUGAAAAAUUCUUCUAAUUCGGACUUAGAAAGAAUAGCGAACCUAUCUUAUGAUUACUUAAAAAACAAUACAUGGACCAUCGAGGAAGAAUCCUAUUGGACGGGUCCUUAUGACUUUUCAGAAAUGAAAGAAAAGGAUAAAGUAUUAUAUGCCAAAUUAUCAGAUGCUAAAUUAGUUAUAUUUAAAGGAGAUUUAAAUUAUAGAAAAUUAUUAGGCGAUAUCAAUUGGGAAUAUUCAACAUCGUUUAUAGAAGCAUUGAGAGGUUUCCGCCCAACUAAUAUUUUGAGUUUGAGAACAGUGAAGUCUGACGUUUGCGUUGGAUUACCACCUGGAAAAGGUGAAUUGUUGUACAAGAAAGAUGUAAAUUGGAUGUUCACUGGUCAAUAUGGUCUCAUUCAAGCAACUAUCGAAAGCAGUUGUAAUUGUUCUGCCAUAUGUUAAUGAACAAAAUAUACAUCGGAAAUAAUAUUAUUAUUAAAAUCUACGAAAAUGGAAAAAGAAAAUUUUUCAGA